AUGAAGUUCUCCAUUGCUCAAGCCGGCCUGGUGUCGGCUACCAUGCUCCUUGGUUCCGUCUCUGCUCAGACCUGUGACAUCCCUGCCAAGCCCCAGUGGUCUUCCACCGGUGCUCUCGCUCAGCCCAAGAACGGCUGGGUCGCCAUCAAGGACUUUACCACCACCUACUACAACGGCCAGCACAUCGUCUACGCCUCUUACCACGACCAGAGCAACUAUGGCGGUAUGAACUUCGGUCUCUUCGGCGACUGGUCCCAGAUGGGCAAUGUUGCUCAGAACAAGCUGCCCCAGUCUGCUGUUGCUCCUACUCUCUUCCACUUCGCUCCCAAGAACGUUUGGAUCCUUGCCCACCAGUGGGGACCCACCACCUUCUCAUACCGUACCUCGCAGGACCCCAGCAACGCUAACGGCUGGUCUGCUGCUCAGCCUCUGUUCACUGGCACCAUUUCUGGUUCCGGCACUGGCGCUAUUGACCAGACCGUCAUCGGUGACAGCAAGAACAUGUACCUGUUCUUCGCCGGCGACAAUGGCAAGAUCUACCGCGCCAGCAUGCCCAUUGGCAACUUCCCCGGCAGCUUCGGUAGCGCCAGCACCAUCGUCAUGAGCGACACCACCAACAACCUGUUCGAGGCCGUCCAGGUCUACACCCUCAAGGGCCAGAACAAGUACCUCAUGAUUGUCGAGGCCCAGGGUGCCAACGGUCGCUACUUCCGUUCCUUCACCGCCACCUCCCUCAGCGGCACCUGGACCCCUCAGGCCGCUUCUGAGAGCAGUCCCUUCGCCGGCAAGGCCAACUCUGGCGCCAGCUGGACCAACGACAUCUCCCACGGUGACCUUGUCCGCACCAACGCCGACCAGACCUUCACCGUCGACCCUUGCAACCUCCAGUUCCUGUACCAGGGACGUGAUGCCAAGUCGACUGCCACCUACGACAAGCUCCCUUACCGCCCCGGUCUUCUUACCCUCAAGAACCCCGUCAAGAAGUAA